GCGAGUUUCGUUUGCGCCUUUUGAGGCAACCGGAAGGGAAACUCGGGCUGCGCCGUUUGGGGUCUAGAGGAGCCCUUUGCUCGGGGCUUUAUCAUGUUCGGCGAGAAGGCGAUCGAGCUCAUCCGGGAGCUCCACCGCGCCAGCGACGGGCAGCUCCCAGCCUUCAACGAAGAUGGUAUCAGACAAGUGCUUGAGGAAAUGAAAGCUUUAUAUGAGCAGAACCAAGCUGAUGUAAAUGAAGCUAAGUCAGGGCACAGCGAGUUGAUUUCAACCAUCAAAUUUCGCCAUUGCUCUCUACUAAGAAAUCGACGAUGUAUAGUUGCAUACCUGUAUGACCGCUUACUUCGCAUCCGAGCACUUAGAUGGGAAUAUGGUAGUGUCUUACCAAACGCUGUCCGAUUUCAUAUGUCAGCUGAAGAAAUGGAAUGGUUCAACCAGUAUAAGAAGUCUUUAGCUACCUAUAUGAGAUCAAUAGGAGGAGGAGAAGGGCUGGACCUUACGCAGGAUAUUAAACCCCCCAAAAGCUUGUAUAUUGAAGUUCGAUGUUUAAAAGACUACGGAGAAUUUGAGAUUGAUGAUGGCACAAUAAUUCUGUUGAAGAAGAAUAGCCAGCAUUUUUUGCCCCGGUGGAAAUGUGAGCAGCUAAUAAGACAAGGAAUUUUGGAGCAUGUCCUGUCCUAAAGUAGCCAUCGGCAAGAGUUUGCAGGAGGACUCUUAGAAGAAGUAGCCAUAAACCAAAUUGUAACAGAUUUUAAAUUGCUGCAAGCAGGCUACCAUGUCACAAAGCCUGUCAAGUUACAGUUGUGAAAAUGGCAUAUAAUACCUUGCGAUGAGAGAAUGUGGUUUAUUUUAUAGAAAAAUAACUGAAACAGGUGGAUUUUGUUAUGUUUCUAACUUUAUAUGGUUCUUUCUGGACAACUUUUAGAGUGUCACUCACAUACUACUUCAGCAAAAGUGCUGGAAAGACAGAACAUUGUGAACAAAUGCAAAACAUGAUCUCAUGUUAUGUUCGUAUUUCAUUGGUCAUCCCACUGUAUAUGUAACAUUACACAGAUAACUUUGUAAUCAUUAAAAUAAUGGCUCUAAUGCAUAAAUAAACAGGAGUCUUCUGACAUAUUAAA